AUGGCAGCAACCAUUGCAGCAGCAGCCGUUGCCGGCACAGCAGCAGCAGCAGCAUAUCUAGACGCCAAAUAUCACAUCCGAUCUGACCUCAGCAAAGGAAGUCUCGACAACGCAGCCAUUGAAGCACAAAAAUUCAUCGCUCAAAAAGAAGCCGAGAAUGAAUUGACAUUAUACCACGAUGUUGCAAACUGGGCCAAGCAAGAUAUUCCCAAUCAUUUGUUUCUGGAAUAUCAAGGACGAUCCUGGACGUACAAACAAUUCUACCAAGAUCUGCAGAGAGUGGGCAAUUGGUUGCGAAAUGACUUGGGGGUGAGGAGGGACGAAAUGGUCGCUUUGAGUGGACCGAAUAGUGCUGAGUAUAUUCUGCUGUGGUUUGCAAUCGAUGGUAUUGGGGCAAAUCAGAGCUUUGUCAAUCACAAUCUCACGGAUAAAGCAUUGACACACUCGAUCAAGCUCUGUGAGCCUCGUGUUGUGGUGGCCGAUAGAGAGACAGCAGAAAGACUAGAGCCAUGCAAAGAUGAGCUUUCCCAAGCAGGAAUUAAAAUCAUCUACUAUGAUGAAGACCUCUUUGCCACUUUCCGUGACGAUACGCCCAUUCCAAAGUCUUUGACCACUGGCAAGACGUCCGCGGAUGUCAAAAGUUUGAUGUAA